UAUAUAAGUUAGUUUAUACAUUUAAACACAUGAUUAAUUUUUUUUCCAAAUAUCACUUUUUUAAAAAUAUCUAAAAACAAAAAAUUUAACACAUAUUCCCACAUAAAUACGUUUUAUUGUCAAACACUUUCGAUGAUAAGGUUAUCUUUAGUUUCACUAUAAUUGUAUAGUGAAUAAUGUACAUGUUAAUUAUAAGAAUUUGUUUUAUUAAUGUAAAUUUUUUUGUUUAUUAUUAAAAAGAGGUUAAUACCUUUUCACGAGUCUAGCUUGUCACUUCUCUGUGUUUAUGGGGCCUGUAAAAUAUUGGAAAUUUUGUGGGAUUACAGACUAACUAUUUAAUAUUAUAUUUUUAUUAUUAUAUUGACUUUUAAAUUAAUGCAAGCCAAACAAAAUUAAAAAGGAAUUAUAAAAACAUUUUUUGAAAGAAAAGUCAAUCGCAAAUAGUGAGAAAAGGUCCUCACUUUUAACAACACUGAUUGUAGAUUAAUACAACCGUGAAUAGAUAGUUCACUUGUGGGAAGAUUUUAUAAUAUUUCUUUUCAUAAUUUAUGUAAAAACAUUAUCUCUUAAAUUGUUUAUAUUAACUUUUAAUUAAGAAGAAAACACAUCGUAUUGUUAAUUACGUGAAAACAAACAUGACUACUGCACUUUAUUUGGAACAUUAUUUGGACAGUUUAGAACAUUUACCAAUUGAAUUGCAAAGAAAUUUUACAUUGAUGCGAGAUUUGGAUGCAAGAGCCCAAGGACUAAUGAAAGAGAUAGAUAAAUUGGCAGAUGAUUAUUUAAAGAAUAUAAAAAAGGAAUCAACAGAAAAGCAAAAAGAACAAAUAUCUCAUAUUCAAAGUUUAUUUAAUAAAGCUAAAGAAUAUGGCGAUGAUAAGGUUCAAUUAGCAAUUCAGACGUAUGAACUUGUGGAUAAACAUAUUCGUAGAUUAGAUUCUGACCUUGCAAGGUUUGAAGCAGAGAUACAGGAUAAAGCUUUAAAUAAUAGCAGAGCUCAAGAAGAGAGUACUUCUACUAAAAAAGGAAGGAAAAAAUUAAAAGAGAAAGAAAAACGGAAGAAGGGUACUGCAGGUGCUAGUAGCGAAGAUGAAUCUAAAAGUGCUAGGAAAAAACAAAAAAAGAGUGGCUCAGUUGCUUCGGCUUCUUCAGGUGGAGCUGUUGGAAGUGGUGCUCAAGUAGAUUCCAAUACGCUUGGCCAUUCCGCAGACGUUUUGGAUAUGCCUGUUGAUCCAAAUGAACCGACUUAUUGUUUGUGUCAUCAAGUAUCAUAUGGAGAAAUGAUAGGCUGUGACAAUCCAGAUUGUCCUAUUGAAUGGUUUCAUUUUGCUUGUGUUGGUUUGACUACCAAACCAAAAGGAAAAUGGUAUUGUCCUAAAUGUUCACAAGAUAGAAAAAAAAAAUAAAUAGCAAAGGACUAUAGUUCUUUGAACACUUCAAAGGAAAGGAAGAAAAUCGUCAGUCGUACGUCAGUUCUAAAAUUAGUUAAUAACAUCGUGGUUAAAAAUGAAUUGAGAAUUAUAUACGUAAUAAAAUAAUAGGAAAUUUAUAUAAAAAUAAUAUGCGAAGUCCUGUAUUUUUAUUGCAUUCAAAAUUGAUGAGUGAUUCUGAGAUAGUAUAAACUUUUUUCAGAUGAUAAGAUAAAAGAAUUAAAGUAAUUUCAGAAAAUUUCUAAUGAUUCAUUAAUUUUGAAUGUAAUGAAAACACAGAGCUCAAAUGCAGCAUAUCGCAGAAAAUGAAAGUUUGAGAUCCGGCCAUAAUUUUAUUAUCUUAUUUUUGUUUAUAAUCUAUAGUUUAUAAAAGUAAUUAUAAAUUUAUAUUUAAGAAUGUGAUAUGUCUAUAAUUCUUAUACAUUAUACAUCUUUGUCUUCGGCCGCUUUUUGAACAACUGUGAUUUGCUUAAAAUGAAAAUGUUUUCUUAUGAUACGAUAAUGAAAGUUAUAUUCUAUAUCUUAGUAGAUAGAAUUUUUAUAUUUUAUAAAUGUGAAUACAAUUAAUUAGAAUAAAUUUUUUGUUAAGUAAAUUAAAAAACUAUACAUAUGUAUGUAUUUUAAAAAAAAAGAAAUAUAUUAUAUAUUUGAUUUGCAAAAAUAAGGAUUUUAAUUCACUUAUCCUCUCUAUUUUUGUAAAAUAUUUAAAAUAAGGUGAUAUUCAUUAAGAGAUA